UUAUAUGUUAAUGUGGCCACUAGGUGGCGUUUUUCUCCUCUUGUUACUUUGUGAGGAAAUUUGUUAAAGCUUGAAUUUAAAAAGAAAGAAAAUAUGUUACACACAGUGUUGUUCUGCGCUGCUGAGGGAGCAGAGUGCAUGGAAAAAGGCAGACAGAAGUGGAUUAAUGUGGUUUUAAUCUCUUCUGCAGAAAAUAAAUAUCUCAAGUCACAUGAGUGAGCUGUCUUCUUCUGCAACCUAUACGAUCACGGAACAGACCCGUUACAUUAGCUCGAGUAACGGUAACAGCGCUUCAGAGUUACCCCACCCACCGAUAGUUGGAGGCAGGCUGUUGGUUUUUGGCUGCUUUUCCAUUAGCGGGAUAACUCUGAGAGUUUUGAACGGAUUUCCAUGGAAAUUUCUGGAGUUGUUGGGGGUCGUACAGGAAACAAGUGAUUAAAUUUUGACGGUGAUCCGGUGUUGUGUAGCUCUUAGCAGGAACAGCUACUAUGGCCUCAGGCGGGGCCCCGGUGCCAGCGGCCACCCAAUGUGCCAGCAAGGUGGAGCUGACCAUCGCCUGUGAAAACCUUAUGGACAUGGACAUCUUCUCUAAGUCUGACCCUCUGUGUGCUUUGUACAUCAACACAUCAGGCUCUCAGUGGUAUGAGUUUGGGCGCACAGAGAUGAUCCUGAAUUGCCUGAAUCCAAAGUUUGCAAAGAAGUUUGUGCUUGACUACUAUUUCGAGAUGGUGCAGAGGCUGAAAUUCUGUGUGUACGAUAUUGACAAUGACACCUACGACCUGAGCGAUGAUGAUUUUCUCGGGGAGCUUGAAUGCACCCUCGGCCAGAUUGUUUCUAACAAGCAGAUGACUCGGCCUUUGCUCCUGAAGGACAAGAGGCCGGCAGGGCGUGGGACCAUCACAAUCUCUGCUGAAGAAAUCACAGACACCAGAGUAGCAAACUUUGAGGUGUCGGGACGCAAGCUGGACAAAAAGUAUCUGUGGUGGUCCGACCCUUUCCUGGAAUUCUACAAGCAGACAGAAUCCGGAUGGCAGCUGGCUCACAGGACAGAGGUUGUAUUUAACAACCUGAACCCAAUAUGGAAGCCAUUCCGGAUCUCAUUGCGGUCUCUUUGUGGAGGAGAUGUGGAGAAGCCUAUAAAGGUUGACUGUUACGACCAUCACGUCAGUGGCUCCCAUGACCUCAUUGGGAGCUUUAAAGCCACACUAGCAGAGAUGCAAACGGGGAAGCACAUCUCCCCGGCUGAAUUUGAGUGUGUUAACCUGAAAAAGUUAAAGAAGAAAAACUAUAAAAACUCUGGGGUCAUCUGCAUCAGGCAGUGUCAGAUACUGAAGGAAUACACCUUCCUGGAUUACAUAAUGGGUGGAUGUCAAAUCAACUUCACGAUCGCCAUUGACUUCACGGGUUCCAACGGGGAUCCCGAGUCUCCCCAGUCCCUCCACUACAUCAGUCCCGAUGGCUAUAAUGAGUACCUGGCAGCCAUCUGGGCAGUGGGUAAUGUCAUCCAGGACUAUGACAGUAAUAAGAUGUUUCCUGUGUUUGGGUUUGGAGCCCAGGUCCCUCCAUCCUGGCAGGUGUCCCAUCUGUUUCCUGUCAAUUUCAAUCAAGCACAUCCCUUCUGUGCAGGCAUAGAGGGCGUGGUGGAUGCUUACAGACAGUGUCUACCUCAGCUGAAGCUCUGGGGUCCCACCAACUUUUCUCCGAUCAUCAGCCACGUGGCCUGCUUCGCCAGACAAGCUCUCCAGCAGCGUAUGGCCUCACAAUACUUUGUGCUGCUCAUCAUCACGGACGGAGUGAUCACAGACAUGGACCAGACACGCGCCGCCAUCGUGGAGGCCUCCCGUCUGCCCAUGUCCAUCAUCAUCGUGGGUGUUGGCGGGGCAGACUUCAGUGCCAUGGAGUUCCUGGACAGUGAUGACAAACUGCUGCUUUCGCCCCAUGGGGAUGUCGCCUCCAGAGACAUCGUGCAGUUUGUGCCCUUCAGAAAUUUCCAAGGAAACAGCAUGGCCCUGGCUCAGAGCGUGCUGGCAGAGCUUCCUGAUCAAAUGGCGUCCUUUUUCAAUGCUUACAAGCUGAAACCCCCCAAUCUUUUCAACGCUCCUGAGACGUCCUAGUAAGGCAGAUUAAAUGUACUCAAGUACUUCCAAAGCACUUCCUGUCUGUCUCUCCUUCCCCCAGAGAAGGGUAUAAAUUAGGGUUUAAUCCCGGGAUCCGGGAUUCCCGGGAAAUGCGAUCAGAACCAUUUCCCGUUUCCCGGGAAACGUUAGACGGGAAACCGGGAAAAAAGUCGCGCGCGUCGAUUUGACUUUCAGA